AUGCCUUUGUGUGGUGCUGAUAAGAAGCCAAUCCAACGUAAAAUCGUUAUCUUGGGUGAUGGUGCCUGUGGUAAAACCUCUCUCCUUAAUGUGUUUACCAGAGGUUACUUCCCUCAAGUUUAUGAACCAACGGUGUUUGAAAACUAUGUCCACGAUAUUUUUGUCGACAACAAAGCGGUCCAACUUUCUCUUUGGGAUACUGCUGGUCAAGAAGAAUUCGAUCGUCUUAGAUCUCUCAGUUACAGUGAUACUCACACUAUCAUGCUCUGUUUUUCUGUGGACUCUCCUGACUCUCUUGAAAACGUCGAGAGUAAAUGGGUUGGCGAAAUUGCCGAACACUGCCAAGGGGUGGCCCUUGUUCUCGUUGCUCUCAAAUGUGACUUGAGAGCCAAUGAGGAUCCUGAAGACGCUGCGGCUGGCCGUGGGCGUAGUUUGAUCUCUUAUGAAGAAGGUUUUGCUAUGGCCAAAAAGAUUGGGGCCCUCAAGUACUUGGAAUGUAGUGCAAAGAAGAACAGGGGUGUCAAUGAAGCUUUCACUGAGGCUGCUAGAUGUGCCUUGAGUGCAAAGCCAAAGGGCGUUGCUGAAGAGGCCGAAGAAGAAAAAGCUGGUUGUGUGAUUAUGUGA